CGGCGUCGCGGCUCUGCUGCCCAACGCAAGGAGCCGCUGCCGCCCUUUCCAGUCCAGCAGAUGUUUGUGCUAGCAUGCUGCAGAUUGUGUGAACCCAUUGCUUUCAUGUCCAUCUUCCCCUACAUUUAUUACAUGAUCGAGGACUUCAAGAUUACCGAUGAUCCGACCAAGAUUUCCGUUUACGCUGGCAUGGUGACUUCUGCAUUUACUCUGGCCGAGUUUGCAACUGGUGUGAUGUGGGGAAAGCUCAGCGACAAGAUCGGACGGAAGCCUGUGCUUCUCAGCGGCCUCAUUGGUACAGCCAUCAGUGUUCUCAUCUUCGGUUUCGCUCCUAGCUUGCCCGUUGCCCUCUUUGCCAGGGCAAUGGGCGGCCUUCUCAAUGGAAACAUCGGCGUAUUGCAAACGACCGUGGCCGAGCUCGUGACGGUCAAGGAGCACCAGCCUCGCGCGUAUACCAUUAUGCCCAUGGUUUGGUGCAUUGGCUCCAUCAUUGGCCCCAUGAUUGGCGGCGCUCUUGCUCGACCCUGCAUCAGCUAUCCCGACUACUUUCCCCGCGGUUCCAUCUGGGACCAGUACCCCUAUCUUCUGCCCAAUCUGUUCAGCGCGGUGACUGUUCUCUUUGGCGUUGUUGUGGGCAUCCUCUUUCUGGAGGAGACUCAUCUCGGCAAGAAGGGAGAGAAGGAUCGCGGCCGUGAGAUUGGUGACCGAAUUUCUGCACUGUUCAAUCGGGCCACAUACGGCCGAGCCGAUAAGCCUGAAAAGCAAAGCCUUCUCGGCGACUGCGAACAAGCUGGGUACAACACCCUUCCCGAUCCUGCCGAUACAGAUGCGAAGAAGCUUUCCUCGCCUCAAAGUGCGUCACAGGGCAACACGGAGCCCCGAGCUGUGUCCAGCACGGAGUCUUCUGAGGCGCAACCCAAUGAGCCCACUGUGAUCUUCACCAAGCCGGUCUUGAUGAACAUCAUCUCGUACGGCAUCCUUGCAUUCCACACCAUCACCUAUGACCAACUCUUCCCGGUAUUCUUGAGCACCGCCCCUCCCAAGGAGCCUAUUCUGGAGCUUCCUUUCAAGUUUGUCAACGGAUUCGGGCUCGAGACAAAGGCCAUUGGCGUCAUCAUCUCUAUUCAGGGCUUCUAUUCUUUGCUGUCUAACUAUCUGAUUGUGACGCCCAUGACCCGCCGACUGGGACCUCUGCGCCUGUUUCGCCUCAUUACAUUCUCCUACUUCGCCCUCUAUCUCGUCACGCCAUAUGUGGUACUUCUCCCAGAGAGCCUGAGGAUGCCGGCCAUCUACCUUUUGGUCAUCUGGAAGUGUACCUUUUCGACAAUGGCAUAUCCUAGCAACGCAAUCUUGUUGGCGAACUCGGCCCCGAGCAAGCAAGUUCUCGGCACGAUCAACGGCGUCGCGGCGUCCACGGCCAGCUUGUGCAGAGCCCUCGGACCUACCCUUUCCGGAUUCCUCUAUGCCAUGGGCUUGCAGUCUGGCUAUUCGGGCCUCGCUUGGUGGUUUAGCGGACUGAUCACCAUUGUGGGUGCCUAUCUCAGCACUCAGAUUACCGAA